GGGACUGGCAAUAUACUGUGCAAGAAGAAAACGAUAAGGAGGAAAAACUGUCAGACUUCAGCCGAAAGGAGAAAGAAAAACGGGACCAGCGGAAGGAAGAUUCAGCCGACGAUUUGGACUGCAUUCUGGCUUCUGAAACUGUCAGACUUCUUCGACUGGAGUUCAACAUAUCAGUCUUGCAAAGUUACAAACAUAGCCCUUUUCGUCUAAUCUACGUCUGGACUACACUUGGACGAUGAUGCAGUUGCCUAGUCUACUUCAGGCAAGGCGAUGGAACCUGGCGACCAUGCCGUAACAACCCCCUUCUCUAUUCUCUUCUUCACGAGCUUCUAUAUGGUUCGGGAAGAACGCAAAUGUCUUAUGGAAAUUGCUACUGUGGAAUUCCAGCAAAGAUUCUGACUUCAUGGACAAAUGACAAUCCAGGGAGACGAUUCCUUGCGUGUUCAAGAGGUACAUGUGCCUGCUGCAACAUGUUCGAAUGGCUUGAUGAGGAAAUCUGUUAUAGGUCGAAGAUGAUUAUUCCGGGUUUGUUGAGGAAAAUAAACAGAUUGGAAGCUGAGCUUGCUGAUGAGAAGGCAAGGGAAAAAGGGUUGUCUAAGAAACAGAUGUUUUGGAGUGUAUUGUGGUUUAUUCUUGCAGGAUUAAUGGUGGUAGUGAUAUGGGCUGUUUGCUAUGACAAUAGAAGCAAGAAAAUGGUAUCUUGGAAGAUGUGUGAUGCUGGCAAGGAUUGGUUGGAAUGGAAGUUAGAGUAGAGUCUCAGUUAUUACAUUAUCUAAAGUAGGUGUGUGUUUUAGGAACUCAUGUAUGACUUAAUUACAUUUGAUUUGUUUGUAGCUCUUGGUUUGAUGUAUCACUUUGUUAGGUUUCAUGUAUGACAAAUGUUGUAAUGUAUCAGUUCUCAAAUAUGAAGUCUGACUUUAAGGUGAACAAGUGUUGUAAUGUAUCAGUUAUUUGGUAUGAUGUAUGAGAAGUGUUGUAAUGUGUUGUACUGAU